AUGGCUCGAGGGCCAGGCAAGGCCCGCGACUAUGAUUACUCCAAUGUCGGCACCGCAGGAAGGCGUACUGGCCUCACUCUGAAGGAAGGCAGACGCGACGAACAUGGCAUGGAGGAAGUAGAUGGCUUGUUUUCGUCUCCUGAGAAGUCGCCGGUCAAGCUGAACGGAUUUGGCACCGCGACAGACGACGAUUCCGUUGGCUCGGAAAUGUCGAUGGACGAAGGCAAUGGGCCUGGCCCCAUGGAUUUUCUCGGCACGAAUGGCUCCCGCAACUCGUACUUCCGACCACCUCUCGCGCGCUCCCCUAUGAAGAGUGGCCUGACAGGGUCACCACGGAGGACUCCUGGUUUGCGAUCUUCCCCCGAUCCGCAGAAUGAAGACAUGUCGUCCAGCCCCUCUGAGGGCAGAAGUUUGCUUUCCACCCGGGAAAACACGCGUCUGGAUCCCUCUCCCUUAACUGCCCGCUCAGCGAAUAUUUCGAACAAGAAGAGCAAUGCCAAGAGAACCCUGAAAACACCAGCCGUUGCGCUGGACUUUUCAGACGACGAGAACGAAGACCAACUGAAUGGUGACGAGAAUGGCGAUUUUGGGGACAGCUUUGAUAUCGGCAAUGAAGUCAUGGCAGGCGACAAUGAAAUGUCUGAUUCUCCAGCUCCUCAAAACAAUCUGGAUGGCGACUCGUCUUUGAUGGAAGCUGGUUCGCGCCGGGCUGAAAAAGCUGCACCAUCUUCGACCGCAAAGAGAGGAGCCCUGUCGAAGACUUCCAGCGCCAGCAAGACUGAGCCCAAAAAGCGUGGACGUCCCCGAAAGGACCAACAGCCGGUCGACGAAGAAGUAGCCGAUCUGAGACUGACCAAGAAGUCGAAGACGACUGCCUCGGCUCCUCAACGAGCGCGCGAGCCUCUGGAUCCGGAACUCGACAAGGUGGUUGAGAAUUACGCGAACCGUACCGGUCCUCUGAAGGGCCGCAGCUUGUACAUCCUCAAGCGGGAGAUACCCUCAGAGAACAAUGGUACCCACACCCGCUCAGGACGAGUGUCAGUUCGCCCCCUUGCGUACUGGCGGAAUGAACGAUGUGUUUACGGCGAUGGAGAGGCUGUCGAAGGGCAAAGAUACCCAUUGUCAACCAUCAAGGAGAUUAUCCGGACCGAGGAGCUUGAGCCGGAGAAGCAGACGAAGAAAGGCAAGCGCGCGGGCCGGAAAUCCAAGUCGCGGAAGAGCAAAGAUGAUAGCUCAGACGAGGAGGAUGAAAAUGCCGAUGUUUGGGAGAAAGAAGGAGGUGUUCUUCAUGGCUAUGUUCGAAAAUGGGACGGCGACCUGCAGGCAGGAAGCACUGAGGAAGAGGUUCUCGACAUUGCAUACGCACCGUCCGGUAUCGAAACGAGAGAUGUCAAAGGCUCCACCUUCCGGUUCGCCAAACUACUCAGUUCGACGUUCAUUGGGUCCGGUGUCGUUGAGCUUCCGCCUGCGGGUGUCAAAAAGCCAAAGAAUUCGAAGAAGAUGCAUAUGGUCUUUUACGUGUGCCACGGACGCGUGGACGUUGAUAUAUCAGGAGUUCAGUUCAGCGCUGGCAAAGGAUCUGUCUUCCAGGUUCCGAGGGGGAACUACUACAGCUUUCAAAACUCAUAUGACAGGGAAACGCGGCUGUUCUUUACUCAGGGAUGCGUUCCAGCCGAGAGCGAAAUGUCCCCUGAGGCGUCCGCGUCCAGAGAUCCUGGGCCCGAAAGCGAAGUUGAGCCUGAAAGGGCGCCUCCUGCGACGAAGGGGCGAGGUCGGCCCAAAGGCAAGCAGAAGGCCAGCAAAUAA